AAAGAAGGUGAUUUGACAAAACUGUCGUCUCCGCCACUCUCACAUUCUCUCCGGUUCCCGACAAAACUGUCGUCUCCUCCGCCACUCUCCCUUUCUCUCUCGGUUUCGAUUCUUCCCCUUCCUCUCUCUGUUUCGAAGAUCUCCAGGAACAGUUUUGUCUCCUUUGCCACUCGACUUUGCUCUAUCUGUUUCGAUUCAGAGCCUUCCUCUCUCUGUUUCGAUUCAGAGCCUUCCUCUCUCUGUUUUGAAUAUCUCCAGGAAGUUGUCUCCGCCUCUCGACUUUCCUCUCCCGGUUUCGAUUCAGAGCCAGGAUCAAGUCACCGGGCGAUAAGGCCCGUGGUGAUCAUGUCGGGUCGGGUCAACGGGCAGUAUAUUAUCGAAGGUCUUUCGUCGGGGUUCAUGUUCGUGAUGGGUGGGAUCGUGAUUAUAAUGUUGGAUCUGGCUUUGGAUAAGAAUCGAGCCAAGAGUGUGAAGGCUUCGUAUGCUACGGCGGGAGUGUCAGCAAUUGUGAUGGGUUAUGUUAUGAGUAUGCUUUUUAUCCGUAUUAAGAUCCCUGGCUAUCUCCAUUAG